AUGGAUGCCCCUAACGGAAAGCUCACUGAACUGCCCAAUAUAAGACCCAUCAAUCCAUUAGAUGAACAGGAUCAGGAGAUAGAGGAUCCCGUGGCUCUGUUCUUCAAGAGGGAGGAUGCGGAGAAGUUGCUACAGUUGUUCCCUAGUUGGAAGAACUACCCAUUCUCACUUAAUGAUCUAUUGAACUUGUUUAAUGCUGCAUCAGGAACCGAGGAUCAUGAUGAAGAGCUCAUCAAGACUGAGGUAGAAAAUGAAAACCUGCCGCCUCAAUAUGAAGAGAAUAAUAAUGUAAUAACGUUAGAAAAACAAUCACAAGAGAAGGAGGAUGAGCAGAGUGUAGAAAAACAAUCAGGGAUCGAACAAAGUUUAGUUGAUCAGAAUACAAAUGUCGAUCAACAUUCUGAAGAGAAUGCCGUAUCAGAACAGACCAAAGAUUUAGAAGAACAACCACAAGACAAGGACCAUGUGGAUGAGAAAGAUAAGGAUUUAAAACAGCAACCGGAAAUGAAGCAGAAUAUCGUAGAUGAAAACAAAGAUACACAACGCCGACCAGAAAAGGACACUGAUGUAGUAGAACAUCCACAAGAGAAAAGCAAUAUAGUUGAACAGAAUAAGGAUAAGGAACACCCCCCACAAGAGAUGAAGGAAAUGACAGAACAGAAUAAGAAUACUAUUACUGUGAAUCAGCAACAAGAAAAAAAGGAGGAUAUUGCAAAGGAAAAUAAUGCUCUGAAACAACAACAAGAAAUGAACGAAAGCACUGCUUUACCUAAUAAAGUUGCGUUUGAGUUUAAUGAAUUACCGAAGACCACAGCUCCUGAACCAACAAUAGAUGCAAAAUCGACAAAUGAGGAACAACUUUCACCUAAGCAGAAACUAGAGGUAACAUCCCCCCCUGCCACACCAAAGAAGAUACGAUUUGAGGUAUCGAAGAUACAAACCAACGAUAAAAUCCAACUCGAUUCUAUGAAAAAGGAAGAAACGAAAAAAAAUAUCAAGAGUUUAGCCAAACUGGAUUGUAGAAGAUGGCCUGCAUUAUCAAAGGAUGACGGUGAACCCAUAUAUUGGUCCAUGUUGACAGUAUCUACCAUACCUCAAUUUCCAUCAAUUUCUUUCUUCACUUUUGACGCGGAAUCAUACAAGGCAGAUAUGAAAUAUUUUUGGCAAGAACAGAUAUUCAAAUGGAAGAGAGAUCCAAUUUUAAAGAAAUUUUUCCCACUUUGGGCAUUACAUUUUGAAAAAUCUUUAGAAGCUGCUAAUUUACUGACAAUGCUGAAAACGAAUGUUAGUGAUAUCGACCAAUCAGAGGGACUUCAAAGAUUUGCAGCUGAAGAAGCAAACUUUAUUGCAUGGAUUCUCAUUGAAAUAUUUGAAAAUCUUUUCGUACUUAGCAUGCCCGUACCUCAUAACUGGGAAAUAAUUAAAAGGAAAGUAUUUUCUACACCACCGUUACAUGUGGCAAAUAAUUUCUUAAUAAACUUUAAAUUAAACCAAGCAACGAAAGAACAUCAUAUUAGACUCUGGAUUGAAAAAUUAGAAGCGUUACACAGGAUAGCAAAUGAACCACCCUUUCCUGAUUCUGUAAUAAAAUCCGCUUUAUUAGACACCAUCGAAAAAGUAUAUGGUGAAGAAUACAAAGUCAUGGUUUGGGAAUAUAGAAAACCCGAUGUCUCAUUGGAUAAACUUAUUCAAAGAAUGGACUUAAUGUCAUUCUUAUUUCUAACAAACGUAAUCCGGGAGAAGAGAAUAAGUGGACCACCAGCGGGUCGUUCAAGAUUCAAUCAAGAUAUUCACACUUAUCUACCACCAACAUCGCCACCUCAACCAGUGCAUGACGAGCCACCUAGCGAACCACCAGCUGAUUCACUGGUACCGGAAGAUACAGAAGAAACAGAAUAUUACCUCUAA